AUGGACAGACACGCACUCGAGGCAGUCCUCGUGUGCCGCGCAGACGGACAGGACGCGACCUACGACCAGACGCUCGAGGUCGUCCUCGCGGGACAGGGCAAGACACCGAGGCAGGCGCUCGAGGCCAUUCCCGCUUCCGAGUGGUCAACGUCGGCUUUUCCUCACGCCCACCGAACCGCCGCUCAGCCCGUCUCUGCCGCUGCCGCUUCCUCCUCUUACAGAACGCACGCCGUCAAGGGAUACUCUCCCUUUGGUUCGGGCGAGACGGGAGAGUUUGCGACGUUCAGGCAGGGACGGGAAGUCUGGGACGAGGAUGUCGAGCUGAGAGAAGCGGUCGAGGAUGACCUCCGCCUUUUCGCCGAACGAGCAGACCAUUCCGAGGGCUUCAUCCUGACCACUCCCUCCUCAACCGCCUUCUCCGGCCUCUCCUCGUCCUUCCUCACCCGCACAAUCCGCGACGAAUUCCCCAAGUUGCCAGUAUGGAGCGCAGGGAUCUUGACGAACGCUCGAGGAUGGAAGAGGGCUGACACGAACAGAAGUAAGGCUCAGCGCGUGUUGAAUGAGGCGCUAGCGCUAGUGGAGACGGAGGAGUAUGCGAGUAUGUACCUGCCGGUGCAGCCUGUGAGAGGGUGGGACGAGAAGCGGGAAGAGGCGUGGAGGAAGUACUUGAGGGAUGACGUCGACCGGUGCGAGAGCUAUAGGACGGUCUUGACUAUGCACCUCCAGUCCGCCGGUUCUGAACUCCGCGAGCCCGGCGCGCUUUCCGAAAUUCCCACCCUCCUCAACUACCGCACCACAACCCGCAUCGCGUCCAUCUCCGGGAUGACUCCGCUCUUGACUGACCCGUGGCUCCGAAGAAGGACGGAGGAGGGAGAGGGGGAGGAGCGGUGGAGGGAGACGGUGAGGGGGUUAGAGAAGGGGUGGAGUGCGUGGGAGGAGGAGGAGGAGGAAGAGCGGGAUGAGGAGGUGGACGAUCCUUCCCGGCGCGCGCAGCGAACGACGAGCAAGGGUCUUUCGUCCUCGUCCCGAUCCGACCAAAUCCCCUACGCGAGAUACUCCAUCCUUCGCGGACUCGACUUUGAGGAAUCGCAAGCUCUCGGUCCGGUCCUUGAGGAGUACGUCAAGCCUCUGCGGGAACCGCUCGUCCGAUGGGUCUCACUGCCGGACCCCUACCCUCUCCUUCCCGGCUCUACACCCCCGAUCUUCCGCGGUCUGCACCCUCAGACCGGCCUCCCGCUCGUCCUCCCACCAACACCUCUGCCGAAACUACCCUCCGCCUCUUCUUCCACGUCCGUCCUCUUCGGCAACGACCCUACCGCGCCGAAGUGGCCGUCCGCAAUGGACUUCAACCAGCAACCGACGAGUAUACCGCUCAUGACGACUCUCUCGACCGAUCCGGCGCAGACGACGCCCUACGUCAAGCAUCUUCUCUCGACGCUUACUGAGCUGCGACGAGUUCGCGCGCCUGUGUUGAAGGAGUACGAGGCGGACGGCGAGGACGGGUCGAUUUGGAGCGAGUGUAGGGAGGCGCUCGAGAGGGUUCUUGAUGAGUAUGGAGGUGGAGAGCUGGAUGAGGGAGAUAAGGACGAGGACGAGGAUUGGGAGGCGACGGAGCAACAGGACGAGUUUGACCUGUAG